AUGCUCUUGCCGUAUAUUCAACAAAGUGAAUGCGUUCCUCGGUUAGUUGGUACUACCUUCUUAACAUCGGCUGUUGACUCUCUACAACUUAUUGAUCAAGCGCUAUCCUGUGAUGCUGAUCCAGGCUCUUCUGCGUACCGACUACGACAGCUUGCCCACCUACCUCUACCUGACUGGCUGAUUGACUGGGAUAACUGGCACGAAGCCCAAUUGAGUCAUGUUAACCCCUUCAGACAAGGCUCCUUAGGUAAGAAUAGAGGGAAACCUCAAACUACGAGACCAUAUUCCCUUCGAGCAACUCGAGAUUUGUGCGCUAAUUUGGUAAAUACCACUUGUAAAGCGCUUGCUCUUAAAUGA